GGAUUCUCGUGGAUAUCGAUGUUCCUAACUGGAAGUUUUUGUAAUUCAUAUCGACACGGCACAAAGAACAUUUGAGCAAUUUUGAGAACCAAGUUCCUCUGAACGGAGGAAGAAUCCAUUGUGUGGCUGAGACCUUGGACGCUUGGUCUCUUCUCUCGCUGCCCAAUUCUGUCCACAACCUCAUCUUCCUCUCCUUGUACGAGAAUUUUCUGUUCUUUUUGGUUGGUGGUUGCAUCUUGGAUGCGGCGGCUGCGUAUAGGAGCAGGAUGCUGAGGCCGAUGCUGGCGUGCUGCAAGCUCUACGUCUCCGAGGGCCGGAGCUCGGCCGUCCUGCGCGCGGUCGAGCAGGCGGCGCGCCGGCACCACCCGGCCGUCGCCCUUGUCAACACCUUCGCCGACGACGCCUACAACCGGGUCGGCUACACGCUCGUCUCCCGCCUCCCGCACCCCGUCGCGCCGGCCACGCCGCUGCGGCGGGCCGUGUUCGGCAUGGUCGAGGCCGCGCUCGGGGCCAUCGACCUGGGCGCCCACGCCGGCGCGCACCCGCGGCUCGGCGCCGUCGACCACGUCUGCUUCCACCCCCUCGCCGGGGCCGCCCUCCGCGACGUCGCCGCGCUCGCCGCCGCCGUGGCUGCCGACAUCGGCGACGGGCUCCAAGUGCCGACGUACCUCUACGGCGCGGCGCACCGGGAGGGCCGGACGCUGGCGGCCAUCAGGAGGCAGCUGGGCUACUUCAGGCCUCAGAGCAACGCCGAGUGGCACGGGCCGCUCCCCGUCACGGCCGAGGCGACGACGCUCCCCGUCGCGCCCGACGCCGGCCCGGACGCGGCGUCGGCGUCCAAGGGCGUGUUGGUGCUCGGGGCGACGGCCUGGGUGGACAACUACAACGUGCCGGUGCGCACGGCCGACGUGGAGGCCGUGCGGCGGGUCGCGCGCCGGGUCAGCGAGCGCGGCGGCGGGCUCCGGUCCGUGCAGGCCAUGGGGCUCGCGCACGGCGACGGCGGCGCCGAGGUGGCGUGCAACCUGCUCGACCCGGGGAGCGUGGGCGCCGAGGAGGUGCAGGGCAUGGUGGAGCGGCUGGCGGGGGAGGAAGGCCUCGCCGUCGGCGAGGGGUACUUCACGGAUUUCUCCCAGGAGAAGAUCGUCGAGCUCUACAUGGAGAAGUCAGCUCAGGCUGAGGCUUGAUUUCAUCUCCCCCUUUUGUUUCUUUUAGCACAGUGGCAUUAUGGAUUUCGUGUUUGUUGAGAUAUAACUCUAACCGAUCAAGAAUAAUUAAUUAACAUUUA